UAGCACCACAAAAUGAUACUUGGUUCUGUAUUCUCUAAAAGGGCCGGUACUGGCAGAUGGGUAGGGGGUGGAACCAAGGGAUGGUGCUCGGAGGUGCGUAGGGGAUGGAAAUCGAGGGAUGGUGCUCGGAGGUGGGUAGGGGGUGGUUACCAAGGGAUGGUGCUCGGAGGUGGGUAGGGGUGGAAACUAAGGGAUGGUGCUCGGAGGUGGGUAGGGGAUGGAAUCGAGGGAUGGUGCUCGGAGGUGGGUAGGGGGUGGAACCAAGGGAUGGUGCUCGGAGGUGGGUAGGGGAUGGAAAUCGAGGGAUGGUGCUCGGAGGUGGGUAGGGGGUGGAACCAAGGGAUGGUGCUCGGAGGUGGGUAGGGGGUGGAACCAAGGGAUGGUGCUAGGAGGUGGGUAGGGGGUGGAACCAAGGGAUGGUGC